UUUACUAGCCGCGAGACACGUAAUGGUUUUUGUUUUUCUGUUCAGUUCCACUGGAAAAUAUUACCGUAGCCUCUCGGAGUUGCCUCGACACUAUUAAAUAUCUCAGCAUUGAUUAAUUCGACUUCGUAGUCAUAUUCUUCGUGAACCACUAUGGAAAUAAUCUUCAAUAUAGUGCUGGUGCUCGCCAGAUUCAUGAAUUUCCUCACCGGCCCCAUUUAUACUUUAAUAUAUAGGGGUAAAAAGGAAGUAGUGCCUCCGGUAAGAGAUCCGCUCCUCAAAAUUCCUGCCAUCGAGUUGGCUCGAAGGAUAAGGUCUAAGGAGAUUUCCAGUGAGGAAUUAUGCAAAGCGUACAUUCGCAGGAUCAAAGAGGUUAACCCCAUUAUAAACGCGAUUGUGGAGGACCGGUUCGAGGAAGCGAUUAAAGACGCAAAAGCGGUAGACGAAUAUUUAAAAACGACAUCUCUAUCAGAGUUGGAGAUCGAAAAGAUCAAACCUUUACUCGGGGUACCGAUGACUAUAAAAGAAAGCUGUUCUGUGAAGGGAAUGAGUACCAGCGUGGGAAUUGUAAGUAGAAUCGGCAUGAAAGCGGAAAGAGACGGUGAAGCCGUAGCCAUACUGAGAUCGUCGGGUGCCAUCUUGCUUUUGGUGUCCACCACACCAGAGUUCUGUCUCAGCUGGGAGACGUACAAUUUUAUUACGGGAUGUACGAGAAACCCGUACGACAGCACACGCACAAGCGCCGGCUCCAGUGGCGGGGAAGUAUGUAAAUUGAAAUGCUUUAACGAAGCAAAUCACACCUUGACUGUGUACAGGGGCGCUUUGCUAGGAUCGGGAGCCUCUGUCGUCGGUCUUGGAUCGGAUAUUGCAGGGUCCAUCAGACUUCCGGCCAUGUUUAAUGGAGUUUUCGGACAUAAACCAACGCCCCAGGUUACGAGUAUUAAAGAUCACUAUCCCGGCUGCAAGGACGAGAGGUACUGUCUUUACCUAGUCACAGGUCCGAUGGCGCGUUAUUCUUGCGACCUCAAAUUUAUUUUUAAAAUCUUGGUGGGCAAUAAGAUGAGUUCGGAGUUGAAACUGGAUGAACCGGUAAACUUAAGAGACUUGAAAGUGUUUUACAUGGUGGACUUUGGAAGUGGACUAACUCAGUUUCCAGUAGAGAGCAGUAUUAAAAACGCCAUCAAGGAGGCGGCAACGCAUCUGACCACCACAUGCGGUGCCACGCUCGACGAAUACAAAUUCUGGCACUUCAAAGACGCCAUCACGGUCUGCGUCUCCACAGUAAUAAAUAUGCGUGACGUGCCUAAUUCGCUGAAAUUAGUGAAAGCAAAUCUUGCAGUGGAAUUAAUCAAGUCGAUCUGCGGACUUUCAAAGUUUAGCCUUAACAUACUGUUUUUCAAUUGUCUGCGCUUGAUGUACAAAUACGUAAUCUCGGAUUACGUGGUUAAAAACGAAAUGUGGCAGACUGCUAUCACGGAAAAACUUGGUGAAAAUGGUGUGCUCAUACUACCUUCGUUCGUGGCAUCUGCCCAGAGACAUCAUCAAUUCUAUUUCAAACCGGCCUUCGGAUACCUUAUAAUAGCCAACGCCUUGGGGCUACCUUCCACGAGUGUACCGUGUGGACUUGACCACCAUGACAUGCCGAUUGGAUUUCAGGUCAUGGCAGCCCCUGGACAAGACAGGUUGUGUCUAGCAGUGGCGGAAGAAUUGGAGCGAUACUUCGGGGGAUGGGUACCUCCUAACGAACUGACCAUCAAAGUUUUUGGAGGGGAUAAGUCUGACCAACAAGAGAAAUACUGAGUGCAUUUUUUUUCUUUCAUAUAAAUUAUGAUCCGAUUUGUGGAGUUCCUAAAAGCUCAGCUUGUUUUCGAUAAAGUAUAGAAUUAUAAAACUUGGUUUAAAAAAAUUUCAUAGUUUUUUUUUGAAAAUGCCAUUGAAUUCAGUAAGUAGUAACAAUUGACCUGAGGUGGCUUUUACUUGAUGAAAAUCCAUUUAUCAAAAUAAAUAAGA